AUGGCCGUUCGUUCAGAUCCUCCAAAUACUGUUGGGUUUUUCGUUUCUUCCUCUGUUCGGUUGCAGGCAGUCCGUCCGUUUUCACCGCCGCCAACCGUGUCUGCUCCUAAUCCACAAGUCUCGUUUGUUCAGCUAGUAAGAGAUACGUGUUUUGGUCCUAGAUCUGCUGGUCUUCGAUUCAUGUUGUUGGCUGCCAUUGAUAAAGGUAAGGCAACAUGGGAUACAAGCACCACAGAGGUGUUACUUAAAGAAUGCAUGGAGCAAAUCUACCGGAAAAAUCGUCAAGGAACAUCAUUUUCAAAGACUGGGUGGAACAACAUUCAUUCUGCAUUCAAUGCAAAAACAGGAAAAUCAUAUGAGAGGAAGCAAUUGAAAAAUAGGCUUGAUAGCUUGAGGAAGGAUUGGAGGACAUGGGUUGAUUUGAACAAAGAAACUGGUGUAGGUUGGGACCCUAUAAACAAUACAGUGGUGGCAACAAAUGAGUGGUGGGAGAAGAAAAAACUGGAGAAUCCCCAGUAUGAAAAGUUUAGGUACCAGGGGUUAAAGUUUGCUCAUGAAUUAAACACGAUAUUCAAGGGUGUGAUAGCAUCUGGAGAGGAUAUGUUGGCACCGUCUUUAACCCAACCUCAGACACAAGAGGAUGAUGAAGAGAAUGUGUAUAGAGUUGAUACAGAUCUCCUUGAAGGAUAG